CGUGGAGAAGCCAUGGAGCUGAGCUGCAAGAAGAAGCUUCACGCCCUGUCCCUGGCCGAGAAGAUCCAGGUGCUGGAGCUCCUGGACGAGUCCAAAAUGUCCCAGUCGGAGGUGGCCCGGCGCUUCCAGGUCUCGCAGCCGCAGAUCUCACGCAUCUGCAAGAACAAGGAGAAGCUGCUGGCGGACUGGUGCAGCGGCACGGCCAACCGGGAGCGCAAGCGCAAGCGUGAGUCCAAGUACAGCGGAAUCGACGAGGCCCUGCUCUGCUGGUACCACAUUGCCCGGGCCAAGGCCUGGGACGUGACGGGGCCCAUGCUGCUCCACAAGGCCAAGGAGCUAGCCGACAUCAUGGGCCAGGAUUUCGUGCCCAGCAUCGGCUGGCUGGUCCGCUGGAAACGCCGAAACAACGUCGGCUUUGGGGCCCGCCAUGUCCUCGUGCCUCCGUUUCCCCCCGAGCCGCCUCCCCCAGGGAUCACCACCCACGCCCAGCUGCCUCUUUCCCUUAAGGAUUUCUCCCCAGAGGAUGUUUUCGGCUGUGCCGAAGUGCCCUUGCUGUUCCGGGCCGUGCCCGGUGGUGUGGGCACAUGUGAUCAGGUGCAGGUGCUGUUGUGUACCAACAGCAAAGGCACGGAGAAGCGGCGGGUGCUGGUGGGUGGGCUCCAGGCUGCCCCCAGAUGCUUCUUUGGGGUCAGCAGUGAGGCUCUGCCAGCCUCCUACCACCCUGACCUGGGGGUCCCCUGGACAGAAUGGUUGGCCCGGUUUGACCAGGACAUGGGGCGGCAGGGCCGGCAGGUGGCCUUGCUGCUGGCUGCCCGAGUGGUGGAGGAACUGGCCGGCCUGCCCGGGCUCUACCACGUGAGGCUCUUGCCUCUGCCUGCCUCCAGCACCACACCUCCCCUGCCCAGCUCCGUGGUCCGGGCCUUUAAGGCCCAUUACCGGCACCGUCUGUUGGGCAAGCUAGCUGCUGUCCAGAGCAAGAGAGAUGGGACCUCGCUGGCCAAGGCUGGAGCAGGCGUGACCGUGCUGGACGCGCUGCACCUGGUGGCAGCGGCCUGGGCCAAGGUACCUCCUCGGCUCAUUCUGGGCGGCUUCGUUCAGGAAGGGCUGGCUCCCGGCAAAAGGCCCCCGUCCCCGGACAGAGCCUCCGAGAUGCUACCAGUCCCCCGUGGACUAAGCCGCGAGGAGUUUUCCCGCUUUGUGGACCUGGAGGGUGAGGAGCCAGGGCCUGGCGUGUGCAAAGAGGAGACAGGCACUGGAGACGAGGACAGGGGCGGGGAGGACGCCUUCGAGCCCCUGCCCACCAAAGCAGAUGCCCUCCAUGCCCUGGGCACGCUGAGACGGUGGCUGGAGUGUAACAGCACCUCGCCCGAGCUCUUUGAGAAAUUCUAUGACUGCGAGGAGGAGGUGGAGCGGCUCUGCUGCCUGUGAGGCUCCUUGGGCUCGCCAGAGCCCCCUCCUCGCCUGUUUCCCAUGGAAACGCCCCCUCCAGAAGGCAGAUCAGGCUGUCUCUUUCCUGUGGAAAUACAGCGUCGUGGACGGUGUGGAAGGGAGAGACGCUGGCCGCUGCAUCAGAGCUCAGAAUGGAAAAUGUCGAAGCCCCCAGAAGAGGGCUCUAAGGGUGGGACAUCAGGGGCAGGAAUUCAGGCAGUCUCUUUCCUAAACCCUGCUUGAAAGUUCUGGAACCUCAGAGGGAGUCAGUCUAGGAAGGCUGAGACUUGAAAAGGUGGAAUUUGGGCUUCACAGGCAGGCUGAUCCCUCGAAACUCUGUGUUAAAAACAGUUCUGCUUCUGGAAAUAAAGUUUUUCAUGAGAAAAGAG